AAGAAUUUUAAAUUGAAAAUGAUGUGAAGGUUGAAAGUAAAAAGGCAACGAAAUUGGUACAAAUUCUUAUCCUCUCGCACACGCAACAGCAUCUUUUAGACGCGGCACUUUGUCGAUCAAUCAAAUCUUACCCCCGAAGAACUUCCCAACCCUAAUUUCAUUUCACUCGCACAAAAUGUCUACUCUACCGUUCGAGAUAAUCGAGGACAUCCUCCGCCGCCUACCUGUGAGAUCCCUGAAGCGGCUCCGCGCCGUCGCCAAAUCGUGGUGCUUUCUCAUCGACAGCUCAAAUUUCGUCAAAUUGCACCUGCGUCAGUCCCUAAUUUCAAAUUCCCACCGGAAUCUCAUAAUCGGCGGCCUCGGCGUUUACUCGGUCGAUUUGGACUCUCCGGAGAAGGCGCAGGUUAUCAAGCCGCCGUUCUAUUACAAGAGUGUCGAUGCAAUUUCUAAUUCCUGCAACGGUAUCGUUCUUGUGAUGAGUGAGCCUCCAGUCAUGUGGAACCCUUUCUCGAUGGAUUACAAGGCCUUGCCGGAGUGCGGCGCUGAUUAUCCAGCUGAACCGUUGUCGUACUCGAGGACAACGUUCGGAUUUGGCUACGAUUCGACCAACGACGAUUAUAAGGUUGUAAGGAUUGUAGAAUUUAGGAAUGAGAGGAGUCAUGUUUGGAUGCAUUCGGAGGCUAUGAUCUAUGGGCUUAAGUCAAACCGGUGGAGGAGACUCGAGCACUUCUCUUACCCACUGCCCUUCUUGAGGGGACACUGGCGCGUGCACGUUAACGGAGCGCUGCACACGCUAGUGGCAGAAUCUGAUAACCAGUUCACCGUGAAGAUCAUGGCGUUUAGUGUUGAAAAUGAGGGGCAUUAUGUGGUGGCGAUGCCUCAGGGGGUUCAGAUCAAGGGGGUUGAUAUGAGUUUGGAUGUCAUUGAUGGAUGCCUUUCUUUGGUUUGCGCUUACAGGUCUCGAGUUGUCAUUUGGGUGAUGAAAGAUUAUGGCGUGAAAGAAUCGUGGACUAAGUUGCUUUCAAUCAGUCCUCCAGCAAUCGAGCAGGGUGAUUUUUUGAAGCCACUUGUCUAUUCGAGGGAAGGUGAUAAGAUUUUGCUGAAUUGCAGUGAUAAGAAGCUGGUUUGGUAUGAUUUAUCUUUGAGAACUGUAGAAAAUGUCCUGGUAGAUGGUAUGCCUUUUGUCUUCUAUGCUGAACCGUGUGUUGAGACUCUUGUUUCACCUAAUGGUUCGACAACAGUUGAAAAACAUGGACAAGAGAAGAAACGGGGAAAGAAGAUUAUCAAGAAUAAAAGGGAUGAUUUCUUGUCCGAGGGAUUCAAAUUGGUGCUCUAGUUAAAGAGCAAAAGAAAAACAAAGAUGUGAAGGAGGAGAAGCAAUGUGGAAAGGCAAACUAGGUGAGUGGAGCUAUUACUUUCCCCUCUUUUUAUUGUAUUUUCAUACUAGCUGCUUUUGAGGUUCUUAAUAAGAAUGUGUUAUGGAAGUACUUCCAAAUUGGAGAUGGAAAUAUUAAUCUCAACAAAAUGCACAUUAAGUUUAAUGAAUUUUGUACCAGACCUUAGUCUAGUGUUUCAAGAAUAUUUCUCUGCAAGUUUUACCUAUUACUGUAGGUUGCCAACUAAUGUUGGCAAGCUGGUUAUAGCUACUUCUUAGGAUGUAAAACUUACAUAAUAGAGCUCCAGGAAGGAAUAAACUUGAUUGAGCAAGCUGUUUAGUUUGAAUAUAUUCAUGUUCGCCCGGUGCAUCUCUAAUCUCUCGGAGAAAUUUUAGCUUUAGUAACAUAUGUGAUUUCUGUGCCUCAUUCCUGCUGCGAUUUUUCAGUUUUAGAUUAUGACUUGAUCGACCAAAUGAUUCUUAUUGGUUUACUUGUUGUUUUUGUGGUCCGCAUGUAUUCCUGUCUCAUCAAAGUUGAAUAUUGUCUUGGCAAAUUGGUUACAAAACUGGAAUUGUUGGCACAUUUCACAACAAUUGACAAUCCAGCUAAAGGAUCAUUCACAAAGUUGCACAAACUUUGAUUAACUGAAAGAACCUCUUCUGGAUUUCUGUGGGUAUUUGGUACCUUUAUAAGAUCUGCUUCAUUUUAAAUAACGUGAAAGUGGUUUGUUCUAGAUACAAUGGAUGUGAAAACUUAACUUCAUAUCUUGUGUCCCAAUAUGCAAUUAUGUCGCAGUUGGCGAAACUUGACUGCAGAAUAGGGAAAGGAUCCAGCUGCUUAGAGUUACUGGAAAAAGCUCACUCAAUUCUUCUGUCAAAGGUAAUGUUUAUGGAACCCAAGCUAGCGAUCCAGAGGGAGCUGAGGUUUCUAGCUACAAGUUAGUUCAGGAGGUUAACUGGCCUGGAUAAUUUUAAGGGGCCGUUUGGCUGUUUGUGAAGACUCAACCACCUGUGCUUGGUGGGGAGGUCUUCCUGGUGUUGGAAUUACUCAACUGGUAAUGCUACCGUUUGAGGCUAAGGUUGUCUACUUCAAAGCUGCAAGAAUUUUUCUAGCAGGAGGUGGACUUGCAGGCUGGAGUGGAACAUAUAGUAGGGAAAUGAACUUUACACCAUCACUCGUCACUCAAUUUGCAAUACUUAGGUUCCCUCACUUCUUUGAAAAGAUCGAAUCAACCCCAAUAAAUCAUAGACGUAAUGUGCACAAGAGGUUCAUUUUUAUUUUUUUUUUCCAGAAUGUGUACAGUCACAAGUCUGCUUGUUGUUUGUUAAUCAGUCGCAAUAUCUAUGUAAUCUGAUUUUUUAUGUAGAAUCCCACCUUUGCACCUUCCUGAUAAUCUGAUAAUUUUGGGUAGAAA